CAGAGCGGUCGCAGCCUCAAGCCGCGCGGGUAACUCUGCCUGACGGCCGGCGCGCGGAAUCCAUUCCUCUUUCGGCUGCCACAGCCCACGAUACAACGAGUGGGCGACCCUCGUUGCCACGGCGCGGGUCCAGUGGCACCGCCCUGCACUCGCACAGCCACCGCUGCACACCCCACGCCCGCGCCUUCGCGGCCCCACCGAGUCCUGACGCGGGGCCCGGCGGCGCAGGGUGACCAGGACAGCCCGUCCGCUCUAUGGAAGCACCCAGAUAACGCGGGUUGGGGGCGCCCGUGCCCCCCACCCCCGCCAGCAUGGCUCGGCCGCCGCCGCUUGAGGAGCUGCCACCCGACUACACACCCCCAGCUCGGUCCCCAGCGCCCCAGGUCCUAGAUGGGAGCCUGAAGACUCCACUCUGGCUUCGUGCUUACUUCCAGGGCCUGCUCUUCUCUCUGGGUUGUGGGAUCCAGAGACACUGUGGCAAAGUGCUCUUCCUGGGACUGUUAGCCUUGGGGGCCCUGGCACUGGGUCUCCGUGUGGCCGUCAUUGAGACAGACCUGGAGCAGCUCUGGGUAGAAGCGGGCAGCCGGGUGAGCCAGGAGCUGCAGUACACCAGGGAGAAGCUGGGGGAGGAGGCUGCAUACACCUCCCAGAUGUUGAUACAGACUGCGCGCCGGGACGGGGAGAACAUCCUCACACCCGAGGCGCUUGGCCUCCACCUCCAGGCAGCCCUCACUGCCAGUAAAGUGCAAGUAUCGCUCUAUGGAAAGUCCUGGGAUUUGAACAAAAUCUGCUACAAGUCAGGAGUUCCCCUCAUUGAAAAUGGGAUGAUUGAGCGGAUGAUUGAGAAGCUGUUUCCGUGCGUGAUCCUCACUCCCCUCGACUGCUUCUGGGAAGGAGCCAAACUCCAAGGGGGCUCUGCCUACUUGCCGGGCCGACCCGACAUCCAGUGGACCAACCUGGAUCCAGAGCAGCUGCUAGAGGAGCUGGGCUCCUUUGGCUCUCUCGAGGGCUUCCGGGAGCUGCUAGACAAAGCGCAGGUGGGCCAGGCCUACGUGGGGCGGCCCUGUCUGCACCCUGAUGACCUCCACUGCCCACCUAGUGCCCCCAACCAUCACAGCAGGCAGGCUCCCCAUGUGGCUCAGGAGCUGAGUGGGGGCUGCCACGGCGUCUCCCACAAGUUCAUGCACUGGCAGGAGGAAUUGCUGCUGGGAGGCGUGGUCAGAGACCCCCAAGGACAGCUGCUGAGGGCAGAGGCCCUGCAGAGCACCUUCCUGCUGAUGAGUCCCCGCCAGCUGUAUGAGCAUUUCCGGGGUGACUAUCAGACGCAUGACAUCGGCUGGAGUGAGUUGCAGGCUGGCACAGUGCUGCAGGCCUGGCAGCGGCGCUUCGUUCAGCUGGCCCAAGAGGCCCUGCCUGAGAAUGCGUCCCAGCAGAUCCAUGCCUUCUCCUCCACCACCCUGGAUGACAUCCUGCAUGCCUUCUCGGAAGUCAGUGCUGCCCGUGUGGUGGGAGGCUAUCUGCUCAUGCUGACCUAUGCCUGUGUGACAAUGCUGCGGUGGGACUGUGCCCAGUCCCAGGGUGCUGUGGGCCUUGCCGGGGUGCUGCUGGUGGCCCUGGCAGUGGCCUCAGGCCUUGGGCUCUGCGCAUUUCUCGGCAUCACCUUCAAUGCUGCCACCACCCAGGUGCUACCCUUCUUGGCACUGGGCAUUGGCGUGGAUGACAUAUUCCUUCUAGCACAUGCCUUCACAGAGGCUCCACCUGGCACCCCUCUCCAGGAGCGCACAGGUGAGUGUCUGCAACGCACAGGCACCAGUGUGGCUCUCACAUCCAUCAACAACAUGGUUGCCUUCUUCAUGGCUGCUCUGGUUCCCAUCCCUGCGCUGCGGGCCUUCUCCCUGCAGGCAGCCAUAGUAGUUAGCUGCAACUUUGCAGCCGUGAUGCUUGUCUUCCCAGCCAUCCUCAGCCUGGACCUGCACCGGCGCCACUGCCAGCGCCUCGAUGUGCUCUGCUGCUUCUCUAGCCCCUGCUCUGCUCAAGUGAUUCAGAUUCUGCCCCAGGAGCUGGGGGACAGGACAGUACCAGUGGGCAUUGCCCACCUGACUGCCACAGUUCAAGCCUUUACCCACUGCGAUGUCAGCAGCCAGCAUGUGGUCACCAUCCUGCCUCCCCAAGCCCACCUGGUACCCCCAUCCUCUGACCCACUGGGCUCUGAACUCUUCAGCCCAGGAGGAUCCACACGAGACCUUCUAGGCCAGGAGGAGGGGACAAGGCAGAAGGCAACGUGCAAAUCCCUGCCCUGUGCUCGCUGGAAUCUUGCCCAUUUUGCCCGCUAUCAGUUUGCACCCUUGCUGCUCCAGUCACACACCAAGGCCAUGGUGCUGGUUCUCUUUGGGUUUCUUCUGGGCCUGAGCCUCUACGGAGCAACCUUGGUGCAGGAUGGCCUGGCCCUGACAGAUGUGGUGCCCCGGGGCACCAAGGAGCAUGCCUUCCUGAGCACCCAGCUCAGGUACUUCUCCCUGUACGAGGUGGCCCUGGUGACCCAGGGUGGUUUUGACUACACCCACUCCCAACGCGCCCUCUUUGAUCUGCACCAGCGCUUCAGUUCCCUCAAGGCUGUGCUGCCCCCACCGGCCACCCAGGCACCCCGCACCUGGCUGCACUAUUACCGCAACUGGCUACAGGGAAUCCAGGCUGCGUUUGACCAGGACUGGGCUUCUGGGCUCAUUACCCACCACUCGUACCGCAAUGGCUCUGAGGACGGGGCCCUGGCCUACAAGCUGCUCAUCCAGACCGGGGAUGCUCAGGAGCCUCUGGAUUUCAACCAGCUGACCACAAGGAAGCUGGUGGACAAGAAUGGGCUGAUACCGCCGGAGCUUUUCUACAUGGGGCUGACUGUGUGGGUGAGCAGUGACCCCCUGGGUUUGGCAGCCUCGCAGGCCAACUUCUACCCGCCGCCUCCCGAAUGGCUGCAUGACAAGUACGACACCACCGGGGAGAACCUUCGCAUCCCGGCGGCCCAACCCUUGGAAUUUGCCCAAUUCCCUUUCCUGCUGCGCGGCCUCCAGAAGACGGCAGAUUUCGUGGAGGCCAUCGAGGGGGCCCGGGAAGCAUGCACGGAGGCAGGCCGGGCUGGAGUGCGUGCCUACCCCAGCGGUUCGCCCUUCCUCUUCUGGGAGCAGUAUCUUGGCCUGCGGCGCUGCUUCCUGCUGGCUGUCUGCAUCCUGCUGGUGUGCACUUUCCUCGUCUGUGCCCUGCUGCUGCUCAACCCCUGGACAGCUGGCUUCAUAGUGCUCGUCCUGGCAAUGAUGACCGUGGAGCUCUUUGGCAUCAUGGGAUUCCUGGGCAUCAAGCUGAGCGCCAUCCCUGUGGUGAUCCUUGUGGCCUCUGUAGGCAUUGGUGUGGAGUUCACGGUCCACGUGGCGUUGGGUUUCCUGACCGUCCAGGGCAGCCGGAACCUGCGGGCCGCCCGGGCCCUGGAGCACACAUUUGCCCCUGUGACCGAUGGGGCCAUCUCUACAUUGCUGGGUCUGCUCAUGCUUGCUGGUUCCAACUUUGACUUCAUUGUGAGGUACUUCUUUGUGGUGCUGACGGUGCUCACGCUUCUGGGCCUCCUCCAUGGGCUUGUGCUGCUGCCUGUGCUGCUGUCCAUCCUGGGCCCCCCACCAGAGGUGGUACAGAUGUAUAAGGAGAGCCCAGAGGUCCUGAGGCCCCCAGCUCCAAGAGGAGGAGGACUCAGGUGGGGGAUGUCCCCCACCCUGCCCCAGAGCUUUGCCAGAGUGACUACCUCCAUGACUGUGGCCCUCCACCCACCCCCACUGCCUGGUGCCUACAUCCACCCAGCUUCUGAAGAGCCCACUUGGUCCCCAGCUGCCACCCCAGCUGCCAGUGGCUCCAGCAAUAUCAAUUCUAUGGGACCAUGUCCAGCCACUGAGUAAAAGGGCAGCUGAAGCAGGGAGACCCUGCUUGGGCCACAUGAAGUCAGUGGCAGGCAAACGGGUGCAGUGUGGAAUGCAGGAUCAACCCCCAAGGGCCCUUCUGCUGCUACCCUCUGUCUGCAUCCCCAUCCCUGACACAGCCAUCAGCAGACCUCUUUGAUAUCCCUGCAAAACAGCUGCCCCUAGGCUGUGAGCAGUCCUGUAUAUCUUGUGUUUGUGUACGUGUGUGUGAGAGAGAGAGCAGCCUGUGUCUGUGUCUGUACCGAGUGAAAGCCCAUGUGCCUGUGCUUAUGUCUGGGUUGGGGUGAACACCAGCACUUCAGGCUGCAGAGCAGCCUUGUCCGUCCCCUACCCCCACCCCACCCCACGCUCCUGCCCUCCCAGCAGCCCAAGCCUGGGGGGAUCCUCCAGCACCUUUUGCCAGGCCUGGCCUCCCACUGCCCGGUGACUCCCAGGAAGGCUCUCUGUAUCCCUGCCCACUUUCUGCCACAUAAAUUAUUUAUAUGAAGAGGUUUAUUUUUGUAGUUUAUAUAGAUGUUAGCUAUGUUGAAAGCUUUAUUUUUAAAGAGUAAAUAAAAUAUAUUCUAUGUAAACUCA